CAUACAUAUACGGAUAACUACUCUACACACUUGCAUAGAGAUAUAUAGUUUACUAAAAACAUAGGGCCAGACUCUAGCGCGAAAGUGGAAAGUAUCUGCUGGAUACUUGGUUACCUUCCGUUUGGGGGAUUUAAUUAGACCAAUGUAUCCCAUACUAUCCGCGCGUUUAUUUUUGUUGUUUUGUCAAUAAUAAUGCCAAACUGUGGCCAAAAGCGGAAAUGCAAAACAAUAAUACCAACAAUAAAUAACCUGUGUAUUUGUGAACUGUGUCUGUGUUACUUCCAAAAAAAAAACAAGCCGAAUAAAAUAAGAUAAAAACACAAAGAGUACAUAAAUAAAUAACUAAAUGUUGGCUAAAAGCUUAGCCCGAGGCGUAUUAUAUAUUAUAACAACAGUUGCUGUUGCUACCAAAAGCAGCAGAGCGUGAAGUGCUUGCCAAAUGAGUUUUCUAUAUAACAAAUGCGAAACUACUUAAAAAAGGAACAUAUAUAAAAAUAAGUUAGAAAUUUAUGUCGAAAAUUAAGUCGAUAUUUUUUGACUCUAAGUUUUGCUUUAUUGACGUGAACCACUCAGCAUUGUAGCAUUUAACUUCUUUGGAUAUACUUGGGUAUUUUGAGCCAAAAGCGGAUCUUUAAACUAAAGGAUGCAUACACAUUUACUAAGGCAACCUUUGUAAAUUAUCAUUUAACCCACUGAAAACUAGUAUAUUUCUUAAGAACUGUCCCUAAAUUGGUUAAUCUAAUCCUCCUUAUAAUACACAACACACAACCUUUCAAAUUUCAAACAUUUUGUAAAUAUUCAAGCAUGUAAAUACACCCCCAAGGUAUUCUAACCGCAUGGAGCUUAACUAAAGACAGGCUAAAGACGAACUAAAGACGGGCUAAAGGCAAAUUCCGUUUAUAUUAACCCUCUUGCUUAACACUGUAGUUAUAUGUCAUCCCCCCCUGACCAAACCCCAGAGACAAGUAACCGAAAACGUGCUGGCGAAUGCUCAACGUGACCGUCGCUCCCUUUUGGCCAACGAUUAGAGCCGUCUUCUCGGCCAUAUAUACCCCACAUUUAAAGCUAAUUCCCAUUGCGGCCUGUGUACUUACUAUAUCUGUCUAACCGAAAUCAACUGCAGCUCAACUCAUCAGUCGCUUUAACCUGCCGGGUCUGCUCUCUUGGGGGCAGCUGGUGCCCAUGGAACUAUGCCCGGAUAUAUCAUCGCAUCGCCGCGCCAGCCUAAGCUAAUCCUACGACCUGAUCAGCAUAGUCUGAACACCUAACCUACGACAUCAACGAUCUCUGCAUCGCACUAAAACUAUAAACUGCAUCUUACUUACUGAGUGUGUGUGUGUUAUGUCUGUAAAUUUGGUUCGUUGCUAUUAUCCGUACCCGUAAUACCACACCACACACCACACCUACCAACACCAAGUCCAAAGCCUGCCCGCUAACGAUCAUGCAUAAACCAAAGCUAGCGAAUGCUAUAACCGCUGCCGCCAUUGCCUCAUCCAUAUCCACCAACAACAACAGCAGCAACAACAACGGGAGCAGCUCCGGUGGCAACAAGUCCAAGAGACCACGUCAGUUUGGCAAGCACUCGAUUGGAGCCGGAGCUGGGGUGCUGGGGCUCCACCGGCCGGACGACUCCGGCUUCGACCACCUCGACCACUCGUCACUAAUUGGGGAUUCGAUUGAUUUAGAGCACUACAUCAGCGCCAUGGAGGCACGUCGACACGACCAGGAGCCGGAUGUGUGGGCCCAGCUGCAGCAGAAGGAGUCGGACAUCCUCCUGGCCGCCGAACUGGGCAAGGCGCUGCUCGAGAAGAACGAGGAGCUGGUCAAGCAGCAGGAGAAGCUCAUCGAGGACUAUUCCAGCAAAAUUGAGAAACUCGAGCAGGAGAAGCAUGUGCUGCGCCAGAAGCUGGCAAUCGCCGAGGACGAGAGCGAUCAGCGGGUCCUCGAGCUGCAGUCCGAUCUCACCGAGCUGAAGGACAAGCUGCAGACCCAGGACUCGGCCAUCAGGCAGGCGGAGAAGGAGAAGACCAUCCUCAUCGACGAGCUGCAGCACCAGAACACACGCCUCACCGAACAGAUCCAGGAGGCCCACGCCACCGAGCUCAAGCUCAGCGCACAGAUCCAGGAGCUGAAGGACCAGUAUCACUACAGGAACAGCAGCCUGCAGGAACAUGUCAACAGCCUGGAGUCCAUCAAAACAGAACUCAACCUCACGACGGGCAAGCGCCAGGAGCUGGAGCGCCGCCUGCAGCAGGCGCAGGAGGAGAAGGAGAGCCUCACCUCAUCGCUGGAGGAGUCCUCCGACAGAAUUCACAUGCUGGAGCGCCAUGCACGCGAGCAGGAAACAAAAUUAGAGACCACCUUACAAGCACUGGAACGCUCCCAGCGCGAAAACAAUGUACUCAGUGAACGCUUGGGUGCCGACACAAACUCAGGCACGCCGGGAAGAAAAAGUCUGCAAUUCGAAAUGGAAUGCGACGAGGACGAUGGCAGCUAUACCGAGACGGGGAAGCCCAACCAUAUGUGGGUGGAGGCCCGAUCUGUCUACAUACAACUCAAGUCCCUGGUGGACUCGCUGAAAGUGAGCCAUGACGACGAUUCAGGCUUAAACUCCGACAUAUCGCUGGAGCUGGAGUCGAUGGACAACACCAUUUCGAGCUCGGAGCGCCACGAGGACGGCCACCUGGCCGUCGAGUUCCGCCAGGGCAUGCUCUCAUCGAUGUCCGACGAACUGACCCGGUUGCUGCUCAACCUGGACGCCGGCAACUUCAAGAAGAUGCUGGACCAGACGCGCAAUCUGGUCCUGGAGCAGGAGGACGAGAUCAAGCGCAGUCACCAGCUCAUCCAGCAGCUCGAGGCCAAGGUCACCGUGACGGACGUGGAGCUGCAGAAUGUGAAGGAGGAGCGUGAUCAGGCCCGCGGCGAUCUGGAGGACAACACGGAUCGGGAUGAGCUGCUGUCCAAGGCGCAGACAGAGCGCGAUGCGGCGAACGAUCGUCGCACCAAGGCCGAGGUGGAACUGGCCAAGACGCGGGUGGAGCUAAUGCAGGCCAACAGCCAGCUGCUGGAGUCCAUUCAGCAGAAGGUGGAGCUGUCGCAGCAGCUGGAACAGUGGCAGAUGGACAUGCACGAGCUGAUCGACGAGCAGAUGCGCUCCAAGCUGAUCAACAACCGGCGCGCGAUGGCCGCCGAGUCAUCCGCCCCAUCGCCGCCCAGCAGUGCCGCCGCCAAUCUGGCCAAGCGAGUGACCAGCUACAAGCUGUGGAGUUUAUUUCAGCGGUAAUUGGACGAACCUCACGACCCGCUGGAAGGUAUACGCCACCCUCCUGUUCUUGAUGUAGGACAGAUCUAUAUAUUUUUAAUAUUUAUAUUUAUACACCACAAACAAGACACACACACACACACAAAUCGGAGGAGCAUAGGCAUUAUAGGUAUUGUACUUUAUUGUUAUUUGUAUACUGGAAGCGUCGCCCUUCUUCUGUUCGUAGUGAAAUCUAUCUUAUUACGCUUUAUUAAUUUUAAACACUUACCGCAUAUUCGAUACGAUUAUUGUACCUAUUGUAAUUACUCUAAUGUAACCGUAUUUGUACCUACGUUUAAAGACAAAUCGUCUAAGCGAACGCUUUCCCCCCUCUAUCACUCUAAUUAGUUUGUCCGGAAUUGUUCUAAAAUCCUCAUAUGGACCCCACAAGUAAUCCGAAAUCGCUAAAGAAUUUUACGUUUUUACUAGGACCUGUGGCGUUACUUGUUGGGUCCGUUUAGGUCUGUACUGUUAACUGAUAAUCAAAAAACAAAAAAAAAAGGAAAACAUAUCGCGCCUUUAUGUUGAAGGCUUUAAAAGCCUGCUCUUCUCGGGAGAAACUGUUGCGAUUCAUCAAAAUCAAAGUGAACUUAAAAUCAAAAUCUGUACGUAAGCAAAUGUAAUUGUAAGCAAGGCAUUUAUGUUAUAGCAAAUAGAAAUAUUCAUCAUGCUGGCAAUCGGAAGGAGCGCAGAAAGUGUUAGAAACUGUGCAACAGACAAAACUUGCCUUAAUGAACGGACAAUGAAAUUUUAGAUUGUUUAAAUAACAUAACUUACCAAUAAACUUACGAAUAUACUACAACCCUA